CGCGAGCAGGAGAGACGUGAGCAGGAGCUGAGGCGCCAGGAGCCGCGCUUGGAGCAGGAGCUGAGGCGCGAGCAACAGCUGGCUGAGGAGGAGCCGGGCAAGAGCCGCACCUCCAGGUGGCAGUGGCAGCUAGAAAGCGAGGCCGACGCCCGUCAGAGCAAAGUCUACUCCAGGCCCCGCAGGCAGGAGCAGCAGAGGCAACUCCAGGAGCGCGAAGAAAAGAGGCAGCGCCUGGAGCUCGAGCAGCAACUGCGGGAGGAGGACGCCCAGUGGCGAAGCCGGUCCGGGUCCCUUCAGGAGGAGCGCCAGCAGCGCCUGCGCCGAGAGGAGCAGGCACGCCUGCAGGAGGAGGAAGAGAGCGAGAGGCGUCGCCAGAGGCUCUCGGCCCGGCCGCAGUUGCGGGAGCAGCAAGAGAGGCAGCUGAGGACAGAGGAGCUGCAGGAUCUGGAACUGCUCCGUGAGGAGGAGCAGCAGCGCCGCCAGCGACUGGAGAGGGAGCGGGAGCAGCAGAUCCUCGAGGAGGAGCAGCAGCUCCGGUUGGAGCAGAGCCUCCAAGAGGAUCGGGAGAGGAAGCUGCGCCGGGAGGAGCAGCGCCGUGACCAGAAAUGGAGGUCGCAACCAGAAGAGGAAAUCCAGAGGCGCCGCCACACAGUCUACGCCAAACCAGCUCAACGAGAGCAGCUGCAGAGAGAGGAACGCGAGGAGAGGAGGCGCCAGGAGAGACAGUAUCGGGAGGAAGAGCAGCUGCAGCAGGAGGAAGAGCAGCUGCUGAGAGACAGGAGGCGCCAGCAGGGUGGCAGGCAGUAUCUGGAAGAGGAAGAGCUGCAGCGCCUGGACAGGAAGAGGCAAUUCCAGGAUGAGGAUCAGCGCCGUGAUCUGAAAUGGCAGUGGCAACCAGAAAAAGAAAAUGAAGUUCGUAAUCACAGGGUUUACUCCAAACGCAAAGUGAACGAAGAUAAACUCCGGCAAUUGGAAGAUUCUCAAGUUCGAGACAGACCAUUCCGGCAGGAUCAGUGGCUCCUGCAGGAUGAACAGAAAGAGGAGAGAGCGCGAGAUGAAGAGAGAACCCGGCAGCAGCGCGACAUGCAGUUCCCAGCUGAAGAACUGCUGGAGCGAGAAGACCAAAAGGAAGCCAAAAGGCGAGACAGGAAGUUCCUUGAGGAAGAGCAGCUCCUGCAGGAAAGGGAAGAACAGCUGCGCCGCCAGGAGCGCGACAGAAAGUUCCGCGAGGAGGAACAGCUGCGCCGUCAGGAGCGCGACAGAGAGUUCCGUGAGGAGGAGCAGUUCCCACAGGAAAGAGAACAGCUGCGCCGCCAGGAGCGCGACAGAGAGUUCCGUGAGGAGGAGCAGUUCCCACAGGAAAGAGAACAGCUGCGCCGCCAGGAGCGCGACAGACAGUUCCGCGAGGAGGAACA